AUGUCUUUCUCCUAUGAUAACUCGGACGUGCGCUGGAAGCCUACAGUGACGGGCGGGCGUGCGCAGAUCCGAAUCCUUGAAUUACACCCUUUGCCAUGGUAUCUUUGGUGGCUGCCGCGACCCUGGGCAUUGCGCAUUCCGCUCUAUGGUCGUUUAUCAUGGGCUCCGCUGGCUGACAUCAAUGUUUCGAAAAGAAAGGUUGCCAAUACGGACGUCAAAAACGUAAGGUCGAGCGAGUCCAGCACAACCCAAGCCGAAGAGGAUGCGACUCUGAUCGGCACCAGCAAGGCUCUAACCGCAAAUCCUGUCACUCAAAGUAAGCCUCUGUCGAUAUCGUCUUCUUUGUAUCCAAAAUACAAGGCGUUAUCAUACACCUGGGGCGAUGGAAAAGAGAGGAGCAAUAUCUAUGUCAACGGAAAGAAUUUGGACAUUACUCUUUCACUGGCCACCGCCUUGCAUCAUCUCAGGUACAAUCAGGUCAAGCCGCUGAAUAUCUGGAUCGACCAAAUCUGUAUCAAUCAACAGGACAAUGCUGAAAAGACGGAGCAGGUCCGUCACAUGGACUGUAUCUAUCGCAACGCUGAAGAAGCUCUAGUCUGGCUUGGUCCCGCUCAGAACGGUUCUGAGGAGCUCUUGGAGGUGUUCAACAAGGUUGGAACAUUUGUGGAAGACUUUGACAUGUAUUCGUAUUUUACGAAAGAACACAUUUCCAAACUAUUCGCGAUUCAGAAAAAGGAAAACCCGGAGGAUGCAAAGACUAUCGAAUACCACGCCUUCUGCGACAGCGUGCUCGCCGAAUUUACCUAUACUCUUUUCGAGUCGCUGAUAGCUUUCUACAAACGACCUUGGUUCAACCGAGCAUGGGUGAGACCGUUCAACUUGCCCCCUUAA